AUGGUUUCCGGUGUCUUUACGAAGGGGGUUCUGCUCCUGGGCCUCUUGUCGGGUCUGGCUCUUGGUCAAGAUGAGAAGCCUCGCUACAAGGACCCCAGUGUUCCAGUGGAGGAGCGCGUCACUGAUCUGCUGGGUCGUAUGACGCUCGAGGAGAAGAUGUCUCAAUUGAUUCAGGGCGACAUCACCAAUUGGAUGAAUGAGACUACUGGAGAAUUCAACCUCACGGGUUUGGAAUGGAGUACGAAAAUGAGGGGUGGAAUGUUCUACGUCGGAUAUCCGGUGCCUUGGGAUUACAUCGCAGACAAUGUCAAGAAAGCUCAGGACUAUAUUCUCCAAAACACGACUCUCGGGAUUCCCGCCAUUGUUCAGACAGAAUCUCUUCACGGAUUCCUCAUCGGUAAUGCAACGAUCUAUAACUCUCCCAUCGGGUUCGCAUGCUCGUUCAACCCGGAGCUUAUCGAGAAAAUGGCACGCCUCAUCGGUCAGGAGGCCUCAGCCCUUGGGGUUAACCACGUAAUGGGACCAGUGGUUGAUCUCGCCCGUGAAUUGCGAUUUGGAAGAGUCGAAGAGACGUACGGUGAAGACCCGUUCCUUGCAGGAGAAAUUGGAUACCACUAUACCAAGGGCAUCCAAAGCCACAAUAUCUCCGCCAACGUCAAGCACUUUGUGGGAUUCUCCCAACCCGAACAAGGUCUCAACACUGCACCUGUCCACGGAGGAGAGAGAUAUCUGCGCACGACUUGGUUGCCAUCAUUCAAGCGCGCCAUUAUGGAUGCCGGAGCGUGGAGUAUCAUGAGUGCGUACCACUCAUACGACGGUAUCCCCGCCGUAGCCGACUACCACACCCUCACCGAAAUCCUCCGCGAAGAAUGGGGCUACAAAUACUGGGUAACCAGUGACGCCGGCGCCAGCGACAGAGUCUGCACAGCCUUCAAACUCUGCCGCGCGGACCCCAUCGACAAGGAAGCCGUUACACUUGCCAUCCUCCCAGCCGGAAACGACGUCGAAAUGGGCGGUGGCUCAUACAACUUCGAAACGAUCAUCGACCUGGUCAAUGCCGGCAAGCUCGAUAUUGAAAUCGUCAACACGGCGGUAUCCCGUGUGCUCCGUGCGAAGUUCGAAAUGGGCCUCUUCGAGAACCCCUACAAUGCUGCUCCGGCGUCUGAGUGGAACAAGCUCAUCCAUACUCAGGAGGCUGUUGAUCUUGCCCGUGAGCUGGAUCGGGAGUCGAUUGUUCUGCUGGAGAAUCAUGAUAAUGCGCUUCCGUUGAAGAAGAGUGGUAGCAUCGCUGUUAUCGGGCCUAUGGCGCAUGGGUUUAUGAAUUAUGGAGACUACGUCGUCUACGAAAGCCAGUACCGCGGCGUGACCCCCUUGGACGGCAUCAAAGCCGCCGUCGGCGACAAGGCAACGAUCAACUACGCCCAGGGCUGCGAACGCUGGAGCAACGACCAAUCCGGCUUCGCCGAGGCAGUCGAAGCAGCCAAGAAGUCCGACGUAGCAGUCGUAGUCGUGGGUACCUGGUCUCGCGACCAGAAGGAGCUCUGGGCCGGUCUCAACGCAACAACCGGCGAACACGUCGACGUAAACAGCCUCAGCCUCGUCGGCGCCCAAGCCCCCCUCAUCAAAGCAAUCAUCGACACAGGCGUUCCCACCGUGGUCGUCCUCUCCAGCGGCAAGCCCAUCACAGAACCCUGGCUCUCGAACAACACCGCCGCACUCGUCCAGCAAUUCUACCCCUCCGAGCAAGGCGGAAAUGCCCUCGCCGACGUCCUCUUCGGCGACUAUAACCCCUCCGGAAAACUCUCCGUCAGCUUCCCGCACUCCGUUGGCGAUCUGCCCAUCUACUACGAUUAUCUGAACUCGGCGCGCGAGAUCGGUGAUGCUGGGUAUAUUUAUUCGAAUGGCACGCUGGAGUUCGGUCACCAGUAUGCGCUUGGCAAUCCCAAGGCGUGGUAUCCCUUCGGGUAUGGGAAGAGUUAUUCGAGCUUCGAGUAUGGGGCUGUGAAGCUUGAUAAGACGAAUGUGACGGAGGCGGAUACGGUUACUGUUAGUGUUGAUGUGAAGAAUACGGAUGCCACGAGGGAGGGCACGGAGGUUGUGCAGGUGUAUGUUGUUGAUGAGGUUGCGUCGGUUGUGGUGCCGAAUCGGUUGCUCAAGGGGUUCAAGAAGGUUGUUAUUCCUGCUGGGCAGACCAAGACGGUGGAGAUUCCGUUGAAGGUGCAGGAUUUGGGGCUGUGGAAUGUGCGCAUGAAGUAUGUUGUUGAGCCUGGGGCUUUUGGUGUGCUGGUGGGAAGUAGCUCGGAGGAUAUUCGGGGCAAUGCUACUUUCUAUGUGCAGUGA